AGAAAAUAAUGUUUCCCAUGUACCUCCCUGUCCUUUGUGGUGAAGCUGUGUUUUCCGAUAGCUCUAGCUGUCCUAGAAGGCAGCAGAGGUCCUCGGUGCUGCUGUGAUAUUGAGAGGUCACAACAUUCACUCACAAACAACCAGACCAAACCAGAAAGCCAGGAUGUCUGAAGAGCUGUCCCUCAACAUAAACAUCAAUGAGCCAAGAUGGGACCAAGGCACAUUCAUGGGGCGCGCCAAGCACUUCUUCAUGGUCACAGAUCCCAGGAACGUCCUGCUGUCCUCUGAGACUCUGGAGGACGCCAGAGUGGUCAUGGAGAACUACAAGGUUGGGAACGUGAAGCCUGGCCUGACAGAGGACGAGCUCUGGAGAGCCAAGUACGUCUACGACUCCGCCUUCCACCCUGACACAGGAGAGAAGAUGUUUGUGAUUGGCCGGAUGUCCGCUCAGGUGCCGAUGAACAUGUCCAUCACAGGCUGCAUGCUCACCUUCUACAGGACUACUCCGGCAGUGUUGUUCUGGCAGUGGGUUAACCAGUCCUUCAACGCUGUCGUCAACUACACCAACCGCAGUGGAGAUGCCCCCAUGACCGUGAAUCAGCUCGGUGCAGCCUACGUCAGUGCUACUACUGGAGCUGUAGUCACCGCCUUGGGUUUCAAGUCUCUAGCUACGCGUCUACCUCCAAUCGCCAGCCGGUUUGUCCCCUUCGCUGCUGUCGCUGCUGCUAACUGUAUCAACAUUCCCUUCAUGAGACAGAGGGAGUUGAAGUUCGGUAUCCCUGUGAUGGAUGAGAAUGGAAACCGGUUAGGAGAGUCCCCCAAUGCUGCCAAGCAGGCCAUCAUGCAGGUGGUGGUGUCGAGGAUCGGCAUGGCGGUGCCAGCCAUGGCCAUUCCCCCUGUUAUAAUGAAUGCUCUGGAGAAGAGAGCUUUCAUGAAGCGGUUCCCAAUUCUAAACGCUCCGGUCCAGGUGGGGCUCGUCGGUCUGUGCCUGGUGUUUGCAACUCCUCUGUGCUGCGCCCUCUUCCCACAGAAAAGCUCUAUGAGCGUGAGCGGGCUGGAAGCCGAUCUGCAGGAGAGGAUACGACAGACCAGUCCCAGCACCACCACCGUCUACUUCAACAAGGGCCUGUAGGACCAGCCGACACACUCCAUGCACACACACACAGGACAUACAUGCACUCACACUUGCUACAUACACUGUCCUGGGGCACAAGUGGGAGGGCAAAACUAAAUUUAUUUAUGUUUUGUGUUGUUGUUGUGUGUACUGCUGCAUUUUUUUUUUGAGCUACUCCAAGUGUAAGAGCAGAGGGUUAGGGCGUUGAUUGUUGAGUACUGACUGAAAACAAAACAUUUUGAGAAGGAAGAUCACUUGACAGUUUGCUCUGUACAUACCGGUAGAUGGCACUCCUUAGAAAAGAAACAUUGACUCCUGUUUUUCUUUGUUGUGUCUUGUUGUGUUUUCUGUCUUCCCUCGGUCCAAACUGCCUACAGGGUGGCAGCUCAUGAAGUUACUGAUUUGUGUUUCAAUCACCAAUAUUUCAUGUUGCAUUCAGGUUCAUGCAAGUUUUAAAUCCUCUAGUAAAUUAUUCGUGACUCCAGUUUAAAAUGAAGGCUUGUGCUUCUAAGUCUUUGCCUCUGAAUGUCGCAUAAUCUUUUUUUGCCUUGUGCCCCCUUUCCCCUGAUUUUGAUUUCCUCUUUCCAAUUCUUGCCUAGUCAGUAAUAUUUGAAGCAAUACUAUUGUCAUAUUAAGCACUGACUAUAGUACCUCGAAAUUCUUGCCACCAGUUAAUUUCCACCUUGUAGUUAAACUAGAAAAAGCAGUGUGUGAAUUGGCUCUUAAUUGUCCAACCCUUAAAGUUCCUCUUUUGUUGUACUCCUUAUUAACCGGUGCAGCUUCUUUCUGUCUUCAACGCUCCUUUAAGUGUACCUUCGUAUUCAUAGACCGGGUAAUUAGGUGCUAGGUACUAUGUGGCAAAGGAAAUAUGUAGAAAUUCUACUGCAAAAGCUCACAAAGCACAACCGUAGGGCGCAUCAGUCAACACUAUUAUGAGAGUGCUUUUAUCAACAUAAAUAUGUACUGUUGCCAUGGCAGUGGCAGCCUGUUUAUCAAGGCCUUUUAUCAUGUUGAGAUCACUUUAUGAAGUGGUAAUUAUGUUUAGUGGCAUAUUAAUGAAAUAUUAGAUUGUUGUAGGUGGUUGUGUCAGGUGGAGGAAUAUUCUUUGUUGUGUCUACAUGUUGCUAAAACGAAAUGAUGUGAUCUGAUCUAAGUUUAGUCAGUUGUGUGUUUUUAAAUACAAUCACGUGCAGAAGACAGACAACAAUGUAUUGCUGUUGUCAUGUGAAAACUUUGUAACUCAGAUUUUUUUUUGAAUCUUUUUUUCCACUUGAACUGAAGGAUUGCGCAAGCAGAUUGAAAGAAGUCUAAUUUCAGUUCCUUAAAGUCGGAGAUGCAGGGUUUUGAUGUGAAACAGCCAGCUAGCCAUCUGCACUAUAGCCACUGAUGUCCCAUUGUACCAAAUGAAAGUAGCUAAUGUGCGUGACAAAGUCCAAAUACUAAAUGCUUCUCUCUAGUUAGGGCAGUUGAUACUGUGUGUACAGUCUUUGUUGUCGCAGUUGUUGCUUCAUGGAAGUGGACAGUUUGGCUGAGCUUCUCUAAACAAAUUUAUUCAAAUUGAACACAUGACUGUCCAGUGUGGUUAGAUAGUGAUGAUGGUGUAUGAUAGGAAAUAUCAGUUGACUUUAUCCCAGUGUCGUCUGUCUGAAUUAUGCAAGAAUAAGUAUAUUUUUUUGGAUAUAUUUAUAAAUAUAUAUAUAUAUAUAUAUAUAUGAUGUACAAUAUAUUAUGGAGCACAUAUGCAUGAGACAUUUUAGAGAUUUUAACUGCAAGGUGUGCCUCUGUUAGCGAAUCCACCAGAUGGCCCCACACAUGCAUCGGAAUACAGCUGCUCGUAUUGCAGGAGCACAGAGUUUGCUGCAAAUGAGUGCGUGCACCUUCAGGGCUAAUGAGUUUUCAGAUCAGAGGAGGGAUCCUUUAGUCUAGUGGGACUUAAGUCUAUACAGUGAGCACAGUCACAGAUUACCAACUGUGAUUCAAUGUCUGUGUAAAGUGAUGUUUUGUGAAUGUUGGUCAAAGAAAACUAUACCCAACUGUGAGAUUGUACCGGCCGUGUUCACGCUUAAAUUCACCUCCAUCAAGCAACUGUAGUCACUCGAGUUUAUGUUUCUGAAAUUUGAAGUUAUACAUUUAAAGUAAACUGAUUGUGGGUGUUAAGGGACUGUAGGAACUGCACAACUAUCAACUUCUGUACAGAAAUGCACAAUGAUUGUGUUUAUAUCCUAAAAUUGAAGAGUUUAAUUCCAAAGUGCUGUCUAGAUCACUUUAUAAACACAUACCCUAUCCUGAAAUACCGUCUUGAUACGACUCCUCACUUCUGUAUGAGAAUGUCUUUGUAUUAUUUUUAAAUGAUGGAUAUCUCAUUUUAGAAUGAAACUCUUCUUUUAACUUUUACUCUCCAUUGUCAUUCAUAUUUUCAUAUUAACCCCCGGACAAUAGCUACUGUUAAAGUCGCUUGCCUCCUUCUGUAACACUGAGACUUGAUCACAUGCACUGCAGGACAGUGUUUCAGAGUUAACAUCGCUACCGUAUUCCAAUAUUCGAUAUAUAUACCAUUGCUGCAUCAUAGUUAUUGUGUUUGGGGUGUUUUCCUGCUGAAGGUGAAAUUGCACUAUAUAACCUUUGCUGUGCUGCUGUAGGAGCUAGAUGGAUUUGUGUUAUUGCUGUUUAAAAGAAGUUUUUAAAGUGUAUAUUGUUGAAGAUUGUAUUUGUUUAUGGUGCUGGAUGAUGUUGAAUGAACUUGCUGCUAAUUAGUAAUUCAUUCAUCGUCUGGCAGCUUUCAUUGCUCAUAACCAAGUCGCUUUAGCUUCUGCUUUUUUUCCUUUAGGUUUUUCCAUUCUUGGAAUUAUGACGCAAAAGUGUCAAGAACAAAGCUAGAGGGUUUUAGUCAGCAUUUAAAGACAUUUGUUAAUCAUGUAUCUCAGCUUGUGACUGUACUGUACCAACGUAACAUGUCGCACCAAUAGAUCUAGCCAAAGAUGAGACGGGUAUGAAUUGUACAGGAUUGAGGAGAAGAAGCGAGUAGCUUUUAAAGUUUUCGUUUCAGCUUUAACGUACGGACCUUUUGCCAGGCUUUUCUCAUGCAAAAACAUAUUUUCGUUUAUUUUUUUUUUUUUUAUAUAAGUGGUCCUCAACUUUGUUAGUGUGUCACUCAACAGCACACCAAAUUUUUCAACAAAGUCGCAAAGCAUCGUCAUCAAUGCAGUUUACAGAUUGAAGAUAUAAAUAAAUCCCAACACACAGUUUAGAUAAAUAUCAUAUUUUUGGCAUAGAUUUUUUUUUUUUAUUGACAUCACAAUCAAAUCUAACUUCAUAGCACCAGUGAUUUUUGGCACACUGGUUGAAAACCCACUAAUUUGUAACUUUGGUUGUGCAAGCCAUAAGAUGUCAAAUCUUUGCAUACUGAAGGAAAGACAAUCCGUUAUUAUUACACUCCAUGAAUGCUUUGGUUAUGUCAUUUACAUGAUACAACUCACACAAAUGUAGUCCUGUCAGUGUUGGUGCACAGUGUUUUCUCCCUCUAUUUUGUAUUGUGUUGAAAUAUAUUUCCUUGAUGUGGAAUGUAUUUUACUCAGAGCAAUAGAAUAAAAUAUGUAACUUUAAAGUCCAAACCCGUCUGCUUAAUUUGACAUUAUUAAACAUUGUGUAUUAUAAA